UGAGUAGAUCUGAAAAAUCCGACUGUUCUUGAUAGUACAUUUCUUACUAGGAAGCACUUUGCAAUAUACAUAUUAUAACACACUUAUAGGAUAUAGGAUAGUAUGCGUGCCAGCUUGUAUCCGCCGCGAGCAUAGCAACACUGUGACGAAGCAGCUAGACGGAUGGCAGUUUUAAAACCCCGCAGCACGUCACAAAUGUGUUGCGGCGGCUAAAGAAAAUUUUUUGCACCCAUGGAGCGCGAGAAAUUAAAUUUAAUAAACUGAAACUACGAGUAAUAAUCGGGCCGCGAGCCACCACUCUGAUUUGCGUCGUUAAUGCAAAAAUCGUAAAUACCUCUCAAAGUUCCGGUCCAUGACUUUUUCAUAUAAAUUUCUUGAAAAACCCUGCGUAAUACGCCGGCUAAGAAGACGCGUUACAAAGUUUUAAACCAACAUGUGGUUUUUGCAUCAGUUAAAAAAGCGAGCGUGUGAACAGUUACAUUUACGUGCAAAACUUACUAUGAACUAUAAUUAAAUUGUAUCGAUUUAUUUUCAUGCCGAGUAUGCUUUCCGUCUCGCUACUCUUUUCAAAAUUUGUUAGAUUCUAUCCAGUAUGCAUUGAUGUGAAAAUCAAGUCAGUGAAAAUAAAAAAAUAUUUUAUUUGUAUAUAGCAAAAUUAAAAGUUUGAUUAUAAUCGGAGCUAUAACUUUCUAAACUUGGAGAUAAGCAAUGGCUGAGCCCUUGAGUUCAGAGGUCAAAGCAAAGCGCAACCGAAGCAGUAAUUAUUCAAUUAUUGUACCUCCCAGCGAUAAGCCCCGCUCUCCUGGACCAGCUGGCUAUGGCCCAAGCAAUAUUUCUUUGAUAAGACGGAGCAGCCCUCAAUUCAGCAUGUCAUCGCGAUUUGGUCCACGUUGGAAUAAAUCAUGGGUGCCAGCUUCGAACCAUUACAAUUGCAUGAAUUAUCAACCUGGAAAGAAAGCUCCUUCUUACUCAUUUGGACAACGAAUUUCAACACGUUCCCCCCCUCUAAUCAUUCCUGAUUAAAUUCAAUGUCUAUGUAAUAUUUAAAGUUAUCAAUAAAAGAGAGAAAACCGCGUUAGUUAAAACCCAAGGUAUAAGUUAACACGAAUUCAUCACGCGCGCAAGUUGCAAUUGUAUUGCUACGGCUUUCUCUCCGUCUUCCGUACACCACUUUCACACGCAAUAAGCAAGGAGUAUACGAAAUUAAUUAUCUUGAAUUUAAAUUCAAGUGUUUGCCACUGUCUAAGACUAAGGAAAGUCCACAUUUGGGAAAGAUCGGCGAAAACCAAAGGGGCUUUGUGGAAGCUAUAGAAAACUGGUUAAAAGUAAUUCAUGAAUGUAGGAUUCAGUGUAGGUGUAGCAAACAUGAUAGAGUGCUGAAGAACGCUCCUUAGCUUAGGCUUUAAGCACUGACCGCCGAGUUUCAAGUGGAACGCUAUUGCAUUUAUGAAUAGAUUAAUUUGUAGAUGAGGCCAUGGUAAUCAAUUAGACUUUGAAAAUAUAACAAAAUCACUCUAUGCAUGUUGCGUACAGUCCUUGUUCUAUUUACCCUGUUCCUUCGCUAAAUUUAACACCUAAUUAGGCAAUUGUCCCGCUUUCCCGACAUAUUUAGCAAAAAAAUUCUACUUUGUUACCAAUAAAUUCGCAUAUUAUCCAGCUUGACCAGUUCUUGCAUGACGAAUAUAUGCGUCAUGAUACGCCCAUUCGUCCUUGUCGGAAUGUGCAUUUGCUGUAAUCUUGUAUUUAAGGAAGUGUUUUUG